UGUUUGCCUGGCACCUGAUGCCUUUUGGUACUUGCCUGUCUCAUGGGUAGGGCAGUUAAUUGCCUAUUGAUCAUCUCUCUGUGGGUGAGCUGCCUCGUCUUGUCCGUACUUCCCACCCAGCUGCCGGGGCGUCUGAAGUUACUCCGCAUCUCUAGAUGCUAAACAACCAGUGAAUGCCCGAUCCGUAGCGGCUGGAAUCGGUAUGUGGCGCCCCAAUCGGUUUGUCUGUCUGGGCUCCGUGUGUCCAUCCCGGUCCGUGGGUUGCUUUCACUCUGGCUGGGUCUCUCUCUCCGGCAUGAGGCGGUCUCGGGCUGGUUCAGGCUGAAGAGUCGCUGUGCUGUUUACAUGCCUGGGCAUAUCCCAGCGCGCUGGAGCAUCCCUCGCACGUUCCCGUUUGUGUUUCAGGGGAGGGAGGGGCUCCAAUGGGCGAGCCUGUCUCUAUCUCAGCUAGACAUGAUCCCUGUAGGGAGAAAAGAAGCGGGCUGCCAGGAAGGAUCGGUCUUUUUAUUAGCUUUUCCUUGUAAGUUUCCGCGCUCAGAGUCUAGGUUAUGAUUGUCCGGUACCAAGCUGCAAAGCGAGGGGGUAACAGAUCUGCACUAGCGGUGCAAAGGGUCCGGAGAGGAAGGAAAUUGGUACUGACACGUGGUUCGCUGGGCAAGUCAGGGCUUGCAGGUACAAUCUUCAGCCUCCCACUCCCCGCAGAUGGGGUUUCAUCUGAUCGCUUUACAGACGGUCCAGAUAUUUUGAUCCCUGCAAACGCAGACUUUGGAAUAAGCCGUGGAAUACUUUGCCUGCAUGCCAAAGAGUCACUGCAACAUAUAAACCACAUAAUGGCAUUUAAUCUGGCUGACCUAUUUUCCUCUGCCCAAUUCUACCAGCUGCCAACUUCAGAUAUUCAGCCAUCAGCACCCCCAAACUAAAUCCAGUAAUCAGAACUAGACGCAAGUAUCACAGCCGACAGGAGACUGGACUAUUAUGUGUCACAAGCAGAGAAUAGGAGGAACUGAGGUGACCCACACCAGAAAUUCAAUAAAGCUUUCAAUGGCCAUGUAUUGCUAAACCGGAUGAGGACCAAGGAGCCAUAGAUACAAAGAUUCCAGUGAGUCGACUUCAUGAGGCAGACACGGCGUUAUUAAUUCUUUUCCUGAUUUGCUGCAUGAAGUUAUGAGAGAAGUGACAUGAAGAGAGGCCCAGUGCUGUUUUUUGCUCUAUUUCUUGUCCCCAAGGUCCAAGGUGCUGCUCCAAACCCAAUGGAAUGCCAGGAGAGUGAGUAUCUGGACGAGCACAGGAAGUGCGUUCCUUGCAGGGAGUGUGGCCCAGGAUGGGAGCUUUCCAAGGAGUGUGGCUAUGGUGAAGGAAGGGAUGCGCAGUGCACUGCUUGCCCUCCCAGGAGGUUUAAGGACAGCUGGGGGUUCCAUGGUUGCAAAACUUGUCUUUCCUGCCCCCUCAUCAACCGUGUCCAGAAAUCCAACUGCACUGCCACUUCCAAUGCAGCCUGUGGGGAAUGUCUUCCAGGGUUUUACAGUAAAACCCGGAUUGGCGGGCUGCAGGAUCUGGAAUGCAUCCCCUGCACAAAGCAGACUCCUUCCUCUGAGCCUCAGUGCAGCUCCAGGACUACCCUGGUGAAGGUAGUGAUCCCCACAGUACCUCCCCAGGACACCGCCCUCCUAGUGCUAACCAGCAGUGCGCUAGUCAUCAUUGUGUUGGUGCUGCUGGCACUCGCCAUCAUCUGCUGCAAGCGCUUCUGGAAGAGCCAGUGUCAGCAAGUGUUUCUGAGGACCCAGAGUUUCUCGGCCCAGAGGGUGAUGUUCCAGGACUCAGCCAUGCCAAGCAGGUUUCCCUGUGAGGAACAGAUGUCUAGUCCCUGCUGCUUGGGUGUGAAGAACCUGAGCCCUUGCUCCGGGCAAGCAGAAGGUCCUGUUGAACCGGUUCAGUUCAUUUCGAAUGGUGAAGCCAUAGGCCUGCAGAUCCCUGCUCUCCAGCCCAAUUUGGAAGCGAUUGCUGUCAGCCCCAAUCCCAAAUCCCAGCUGGCGAGGAGCGUCUUGGAGACCCAACCCCUGAUAAGGAAUUCAGGGUCCAGCGACUGUUCUGCAGGGGGCCUGUCAUCCUCAGAUGCCAGGCAGGGCACAGCUGGGUUCACAGAGGCCCAAACUCCCCUCUCAUCAUGUGCCUCAGAGAUGCAUCCUAGGUGGCCCCAUGCCCCAGUGGAGUGCACAGAGCUAGACCUGCAGAAGUUUUCCACCCAGGCCGAGUUCAUGGGCACCAAAAGCCAGGAGGAUGCAGAGAAGCAGGCGGCUCAGAGGACCCGGAGACAUACAGAUGAGCUAACCCUUGAAGUUCCCCUGUUUGGUGCCUCUCUGAUAACACAAAGUGAACUUGUUCUGGAGCCUGUCAGGGGAUCAUCCUCAUCCUUCCAAAUUCCCACUGCUGAAGGCAGGGAGCAGCCUCAGGUGAAUGAUGUCCUGAGCCUUGUGUGUGAGAUUAGCAGCGUCACACAAGGUCUCCCCAUAAUACAGCUUCCCCACUCCUUGGUGCUGUUACUUGGCUUCCAGUUGGACCCUUGCUUGUCUGGUCUCAAGAAUUUCAGCCACGUGGGGGUGGAGCUGGGGGUCCCAUCCCAUCUGGUGAGCAGGAUGUCUGGAUUCAAGCAGCUCGUCGCUCACCUUGCCUCCUCAGGAGACACAGUCACUGUUCCUGCCCUGGCCCAGGUCCUACAGCGACUCCAGCGCUUCGAUGCCUUGCUCCUACUCUGCGAUCAUUUCAUUCUGAGCCGGGCCCAGGGCUGCCAGCACUAGGAGAAACACACGUCACUGCCUCAGCACAUAGAGGGAGGGAUAACUCCAGGCAUAGUUUUGGCUGGGUGAACCUGGGUUGUGUGGAGAUGGCCUUUGAAUGUUGGGGGGUAGAAUCACAGUAGAAUGAUGAGUCUGUGAGUGCUCACUGAGUAAACUUCUCUCAACCACUGCUUGAGCCCUACCUCGUGCUGGUGAUGGUUGGCAGAUGCAUGUGGUACCUCCAAACACCACCUUUCUUCAUACAUGUUUAUAUUGAUGCCCAGAGACCUCGUGGCCCUCUUGGUCACCAUGCAUGAUUACAGGGCCAUUUGCCUCCAUGGGCAGGACAGGACCCUCGAAGCGCACAGUGUUUCCUUGAAUCACAUCUCAGCUGUAAUGAUUGAAUUCAUUGUGUGAGGGGCUGGGUGGGGGGUAUGAAAAUAUCCCCCAACUCUAAGAGGGAGCUCAGAGGGUCUGGAC